AUAGCUGCGAACUAUCGAUUAGGCAAUACACUCAAAUUUUUCGACGAUGAUCAACCGUUUCAUUGCUGAUCUAGAUACUCCACAGCAGAUCAUGCCAUCGAAUGCCUUUGAUGCUCAACAUAUACAAGUCUUGGACUUAUCUAAACGUCGCGAUUCGAUAGAAACAAGAAAAACCCCUUCACCUUACAACACGAAUUCAAGCCGCGAAUCAACUUCUCCCCACACUUCUACAGAGCGAACAUCUAGUCAACCGACCAUUCACCAAACUUUAUGCAGUCCCGGAUCAUCCAGCGGAUACCAAGCAAAUAGAUUCAAUUCAUCUCCAUACUCGAUAGACUAUUCCGCAACCCAUCCUCAGCAUUUGCAAUGUUAUUUUCCUCACGCCAGUCAAGCAGCUUCGCAUUUACAACAAAGCUUCAGCUUUUUACGUGAUCGUCAAUACAUUGCAGAACCUCUUGUGAAAUCCGAGCAUCAUUUUGACAAUGUUAAUCAAGUCCUACCUUACCAGCGGCAUUCUUCAACACAGUCACCACCUCCCCGAACUGCAAGCAGAACCUCAGACUUCGAUGAAAAAUACCAAGGAAAGUUGACCUCUGAUGAAACUAGGAUUACCCCUUUACCCCCUUUGAUUUAUCCAAAACUUGCAAAUCGCGAAGGAAAAGUUUCCAGACCAUUCAAGGCCUAUCCACGCGAUCCCCUGGCAAUGGCUGCCACAUUCACUGCAACCGAUGCACUGUUGGAUGUCCAGAAAGCUGAGAAAUACAGUGCAUUUCGAAAAAGGAUGCUGGAGCAAAUCCAUGCCUCGAACGGUGGACGCCCAACUGUAACGAAUCCGAAAAUGCGACGAAAUGGAUCUUCAACUUGUAAUGCUCAGGACGAACAAGUAAAUGAUAGUAGCAGCGGCAAUGAAGAUCAUAGCACAAGUGGUACGGAAUCAUGUAACCUCGCUGAUAGUAAAGACAAAUCAUGCGGGAACAACAACAAUUCAAAUGCAGUUAACCAAAAUGGCACUGUCAAGGAUGCAGCCUACUAUGAAAGGCGAAAAAAGAAUAAUGCUGCAGCGAAAAAAUCAAGAGACCGCCGAAGAAUCAAAGAGGACGAAAUCGCUGUACGGGCUGCGUUCCUUGAACACGAAAAUAUAGAGUUGAGGAUAGAGUUGGCUGCAUUAAAAAACCAACUGGCUAUGGUUGCCGCAAACUCUAAUAGAUAACAUACUGUAGUAUUCAUUUGUAUUUUCCUGUUGAAUUGUGCUUGUCCUUUUAGUGGAAGUUAUUCUUAUUUCUUAAUUUAUUAUUGACCCUUUGUUAAUGUGAUAAUGCCUGAAUGUUCGUACAAAUACAUGUAAAUUAACGAAAAACAAUGAUUCUCAUAUUUUUAAGACUCCAGAAUGUACAUAUGUAUAAAACGACAAAUAAAACACAAAGUAACAAAUA